GAUAGGGAUAGGGAUCGCGACCGCAAAGAUGACAAACAGAGGGAUGAGGAGAAGGAGGACCCGAACAAGACUGGAGAGAAGGUUAAGGAGAAGGAGGGCGAAGCCAUACGGGAACGGUAUUUAGGUAUUGUGAAACGGAAGCGUCGGGUGCGGCGUCUGAAUGAACGCAAGUUUGUGUUCGAUUGGGACGCCGGCGAAGACACGUCUAACGACUACAACAUCCUGUAUAAGGACCGGCACACCAUCCAGUUCUACGGGAGGGGACACGUGGCCGGCAUCGACAUCAAGAGCCAGAAGAAGGAACAGUCGAAGUUCUACGGAGAGCUCCUGGAGAGGAGGCGCACUCACGCCGAGAAGGAACAGGAGUUGGUUCGCCUCAAGAAAGUGCAGUCCAAAGAGGAUAAGGUUAAGUGGGAUGAGAGGCACUGGACUCAGAAGUCCUUACCGGAGAUGACGGAAAGGGAUUGGCGUAUAUUCCGCGAGGAUUACAAUAUAGCCAUCAAAGGCGGGCGCAUACCGAACCCGUUGAGGGGGUGGGCGGAGGCGGGCCUUAAGAAGUCGAUUACCGAUAUUAUCGAUAAGUGCGGGUAUAAGGAGCCGACGCCUAUCCAGCGCCAGGCGAUUACGAUUGGGCUCCAGAAUCGCGAUAUUAUAGGUGUGGCGGAGACCGGUUCCGGCAAAACGUUAGCCUUUUUGAUACCACUGUUGGUGUGGAUCACAUCACUGCCUAAGAUCGAGCGCCAGGAGGACAUAGAUCAGGGCCCGUACGCCAUAAUACUGGCGCCCACUCGCGAGUUGGCCCAACAGAUAGAGGAGGAGACCAUGAAGUUUGCGGCGGCGCUCGAGAUCCGCACCGUCGCCGUCAUCGGCGGCAUCUCUCGCGAGGACCAGGGCUUCAAACUGAGGCUCGGCGUCGAGAUAGUGAUCGCAACGCCCGGCCGACCGAUAGACGUACUCGAGAACCGGUAUCUCGUGCUCUCCCGGUGCACAUACAUAGUGCUCGAUGAGGCCGACCGCAUGAUCGACAUGGGCUUCGAGCCGGACGUCCAGAAGAUCUUGGAGUACAUGCCGGUGACGAACCUGAAGCCCGACACGGAUGAGGCCGAGGAUGAGGCGGCGCUGAUGGCUAACUACGCCUCCAAACACAAGUACAGGCAGACAGUGAUGUUUACGGCUACUAUGCCGACGGCCAUUGAGCGCCUGGCGCGCACAUACCUGCGCCGCCCGGCGUACGUGUAUAUCGGGUCAGUGGGAAAGCCUACGGAGCGCACGGAACAGACGGUGUAUUUGGUGACGGAGAACGAGAAGCGCAAGAAACUGAUGUCGAUUCUGGAGGCGGGAGUGGAGCCCCCGGUCAUCAUAUUUGUGAACCAGAAAAAGGGGGCCGACGUGUUGGCCAAGUCGCUCGACAAACUCGGCUUCAGCGCCUGCACUCUGCACGGGGGUAAGGGUCAGGAGCAGAGGGAGUACGCGUUGGCCAGUCUUAAGACGGGUGGGGCCGACGUGUUGGCCAAGUCGCUCGACAAACUCGGCUUCAGCGCCUGUACUCUGCACGGGGGUAAGGGUCAGGAGCAGAGGGAGUACGCGUUGGCCAGUCUUAAGACGGGUGUCAAGGAUAUACUGGUGGCUACCGAUGUGGCCGGACGUGGUAUUGACAUUAAGAACGUGUCGAUCGUUAUUAACUACGAUAUGGCGAAGAGUAUCGAGGAUUACACGCAUAGGAUCGGUAGGACUGGUAGGGCCGAUAAGACCGGACAGGCCGUCAGUUUCCUCACGAAAGACGACUCGCAUUUGUUCUACGAUUUGAAGCUACUGUUGACGCAGUCGCCGGUGUCUACCUGUCCGCCCGAGUUGGCCAACCAUCCCGAGGCUCAACAUAAGCCGGGAACUGUAGUCCAGAAGAAGCGCAAGGAUGAGACCUUUUUGCCCGAGACUAGUAUCAAUGACGCCAUGUCUGCCGAUGGUGAUAAUAAACCA